AUGAUCCAUCGGCAAUUAUAAUUCGGAAUCGUACUUGUCGAUGUCGCGAUUGGGCCGAAUUCUCUGACUGUGCCUUUAUAUCAUCAUCAUGUCAUCUGAAAGAAGUGAGCCUGAUACCCAAGAACAACUGCAUAAAUAUGUCAAAUUAAAACAAUAUCAAGAGGCAGUCGACUGUUUGUCAGCAGCUGCAGAAGAAUGUCAACAGACCAGCAAUGUCAGCUUAGACAAUCUAAUCAGAAAUUGCAAAGGCUGUGUAGGACUUGUUCAGCAGCUGGCAGACAAAGAAGAGGACAGAUCAAGAAAGAUAGCAUUGGAGCAAUUGAUGACCAGUGUUGGCCACUCCCUAGGCUUACUUCAAGCAAAGAAAGAUCAACUGAAUAAAGGACAAGAAACCUGUGUUAAAGAUGCAACAUCAACAUCAACAGACAAUGCUGCUGAUAGUCACAAGACACAACGAAAGCUAAUAGUUGAAGACACAAUUAUCAGGAAAGGAAGCAUCAGCUUCCAAGAUGUAGCUGGACUAUCUGAAGCCAAGGAAAUCCUAAGAGAGGCGAUCAUCAUGCCCAUACAAUAUCCCCAUCUGUUCACAGGUGGAUUAAAACCAUGGAAAAGGAUUUUACUUUAUGGCCCUCCAGGUACUGGGAAGUCGAGGCUUGCUCAAGCAGUGUCUCAAGAAAUCAAUUCUACAUUCUAUUGUGUUUCAAGUGCUGAUCUCAUUUCUAGCUGGGUUGGAGAGAGUGAGAAAAUAAUUAAGGAGUUAUUCCAACAUGCAACUCAGCAGCAAGGACGAUCGGUGAUAUUUAUUGAUGAACUUGAUAGCAUAUGUCGGAGCCGAAGUUCUUCAGAGGAAGAGCACACAAGGAGAGUGAAGACGGAGCUACUCAGGCAAAUGGAAGGUGCGGAUAACAUGGCAUCCGUCGAGCAGAUCUUCCUCCUGUGUGCUACCAACAGACCUUGGGAACUGGACUCUGCAUUCCUUAGGAGGUUCCAGAAGAGGAUAUACAUUCACCUACCUGAUAGAGAAGCAAGGAAAGUUAUUCUCCAACUCAACACAGCUUCUUCCAGUGCAGUAUUUUCUGAAGAGGAUUUGGACACAUUUGCUGAUAAAACAGAAGGCUUUUCUGGGAGUGACCUUUCCAAUCUCAUCCUCUCUGCUCUCUAUGAACCUGUCCGUGAAGUACAAAAGGCAACACACUGGAAGGAAACUACAGAUGGGAAGUUUACACCCUGCGAUGAAUCUGAUCCAGAUUCCAUUCAACAGUCUAUGAGGGAAGUACAGCCUGAGCUUGUCCAACCAAGGCAGCUUACUAUACAGGAUUUCCUCAAAGCACUCAGUACAAGCCAAGGAACCAUCAGUCGGGCAGAGCUGAACAAAUUUACAGAGUUUACACAGAAGUUUGGACACUGUGGAUAGAUUUCAGAUUAUGGUACCUUACAUUUCAGAGUGAAGUAAGCCUUUUUUUCCAAGUCGACUACAGUGUUCUGCCAAACUCAAAUCUAUUUUGUUCGAUAUUUGACUCAUAUUCUGCAGCAGCAGUGUGCACAGCGUAGUUUGCAUUUAUGUUGCUACAUGUAGUCACUAUUGCAGUAAAUUGAAUUGUGUUGCGAUGUCAUAUAACUGUAAAAAGAGAUUUGAUGCUGUCUAUGCAAUGAUAUUACUGUUGAAUGUUCAGCUUCCCAUUUGCUUGCUUAAAAGCUGAGUAGGUAUUGUAUACAAUUUGGUCUAAAAAUUGGCUUGGGUGAAUAUUUGACUUAUAUGCAGAGUUACCUGUAUAUCUGCAUUCAAGAGAUAUAUCAGUAACCACUUUAUGGAUUAAUCAAAUAUGUUGCAUUUAUUGUGUAUUAAAUUGUACCGGUACUUGUUUUCUGUUUUAACCUAAUAUUGUACUUAACUUAAUUUGUGAUGUUUUUUAUUGAAUGCUUUGAAUUGAUUUGGAAAUAAAGUUUACCUAAAGUCCCAGUCAAGAAGAACGUGGGCUGGUAUUCCAAUCUGAUACUUGAGCCAGCAGAUUAAGUAUUUUAUUCAGUACUUUAAAGUUUAAAGUAAAUUACUCAACCAUCAUGGAUUUCCUAUUGCAUUUUUGGUUAAGUAUUAUGCUUAAAUUUAACUUUUCUGCCUACCGGGCUUAAGUCUGGCUUGCAUCCAUUUCACAAAUGUAAUACACAACAUAGCUAUUCAUUCUGAACACAGAUGCAUACACAUUGUGCAUUAUUUGGUUCAAACUUUUAGGCGUCGCAGUGGUUAUUAACAUUUUGCUUGAAU